AUGGAUUCACCCCAAGAAAAUGUGCUCAUCCAUAUCAUACCUGUCAAUGGGAAUACACAGGGCCAGUCUGACCAUCGAGCCGACAAUACAAAUCAUAAUGUCAAUGGAGUUGAUUUGGGCCAGAGCCCUGGGAAUCUGAAGGCUCGGUCUGGACCACAGGCCACAGGAGGUCUAACCAGCUACUCCCUUAUUGACAUGGAUCUGUGUGGAAGUACUGAGCUAGCCUUCCCUCUGACGCCCAACCUUCCUCCAUUGUCUGGUUUAUCUCCAGAGGUUGUAGUCUUACAACUUCAAGGUGACAUCCUUGAUAUUCGUCGGACUCAACAACAUCUCCAAACUCUAAUCCACCAUAAAUUCAAAUGUCUGAGUGAAGAGCAACAACAGAGUGCCAUGGAAUUCAGAAACUCACUGAGCACUCUAACCCACACACUGACAGAGCUCAGUGAGAGUGGAAGACGGGAUGUUACUGGUGCCAUGGACAGGCAGUUUGACUACCAACAAACCCAACUCACUGCCACUCUCCAGUGGCGCUUGCAACAUCAUCACACUGAGGUUCUCAAGGACGUUAAUUCAGUUUUUUCUCCUCUGGUUAACACUGUAGACCACUUGCAGAAAGAGCUUUCUAAUUGUGUUAAAAUGUUGGCUGACGUGUCUGUUGACAUGGCCUCCAUUAGGCACAACUCCUUGCACAGAGCUUCUCUGGUGUCCACUUCUGUUCAGACCACUGAGGGCCAAGCUGGCACCUCAGAACAGCUAAGACAAGGCCAUGCUGCAGCCACCCCUUACAGGAUGCAAUCCACCAUGCAUCCUGGUGUUCAUUUUCAUGGUCCGAUAACUCCCUCACCCUCUACUUCCUCAAUCCCUCCUAGCUCUUUUGUUCAUGGUGAUUUGAGUAGACGUCAUGUGGGGGCGAUGCCCAUUAAAUUGCAAUUUCCCACCUUUGGGAAAAAAGAUGACAGUCCUGAUCCGCUAAUGUAUCUGGAAAGAUGUCGUGACUUUCUUGCCCUCAAUCCCCUGGCUGACGAAGAACUCCUUGCCACAUUGAGGAAUGUGUUGCAUGGUACAGCUCGAGACUGGUGGGAUGUGGCACGUCUCACCACUACCUCCUGGGCUGACUUUGAGGCCAAGUUUUCCUCUGCAUUUCUGUCUGAGGACUACACAGAUGAGCUGGCAGACAGAGUCUUUAAUCGAGUGCAAAGAGAGAAGGAGAGUAUCCGUGACUUUGCAUACGGUUACCACUCCCUGUGCAGAAGGUGGAAACCUGGUAUUGAGGAGGAAGAGGUCAUUAAAUUGAUCUUGAAGAACAUCAACCCACUACUAGCCAGUCAACUCAGAGAAAGAGUCACCACUG